AUGGACCAUCAUCACGUUCCUACUGUACUCUCCGACCGGGCCCAACCGAACUUCGACAUUUGCGUACGACAGCGGCUUGCUAUCGACGUCGACUACAACAAGACGCAAGACUACAACUUCUACACCACCAAGCGUGCGUUCAUGGUCAAGCACUUCUCUUACUUCCACCGGCCGGGGAGUGUGAGGUACGACGUCCCGCAAGCGCAACUGCCUUUCGGUGUCAAUGCUGUGUCUUCUGCGCAGGAGACUGGGGAGAAGUCGACGUGGAGUGUGUUGUUCAUGAACAAUCAGACCACUAGCUUCGAGAUGAGUCUGCAGGUUUCAUGUCGGGGCGGGAAACUGGCGAAGAUCGUAGAGACGACAAACGAAAAUGAUUGGAAGAACGUCAGUCCUUUGCCGGAAGCGAAGGAUGGUGAGGUAGUUUUGACCGUACCGAACGAGAGUUUGGUCACCGCGCAAUUUACCUGCUAG